AUGUGUGGGCGGCUGCAAAUGCCACUUGAUCAUACGAAAUUGAGAAGCUUUGCUAAGGUAGCUUCUCAUGAAAGAUCAUUGGUUGCUUCGGCACAUACUAAUGCUUCUCUAAAACCUUUAUCUUUCAGUUACCCUGCAAUUUGUGAAUUUUUGCAAAACAAUAAUUUGUUAUCCGUGAUUCGAGCACACGAAGCCCAGGAUGCCGGGUACCGAAUGUACAGAAAGAGCCAAACCACAGGUUUCCCAUCGCUCAUCACCAUCUUUUCCGCACCAAAUUACCUAGACGUCUAUAAUAACAAGGCUGCUGUUUUAAAAUAUGAAAACAAUGUCAUGAAUAUCAGACAGUUCAACUGCUCGCCGCACCCAUACUGGCUUCCGAAUUUCAUGGAUGUUUUCACAUGGUCUCUGCCUUUUGUAGGAGAAAAGGUUACGGAGAUGCUGGUGAACAUUCUCAACAUCUGCUCCGAUGAUGAGCUGAUUUCAGAUGGAGAAGAAAUAUUGGAUGGAGGUACAACUGCCCGUAAAGAGAUCAUCCGGAAUAAGAUCAGAGCCAUUGGGAAGAUGGCACGAGUCUUUUCAGUUCUUCGAGAGGAGAGUGAGAGUGUGCUGACGCUCAAAGGCCUGACCCCCACAGGUACUCUGCCAAUGGGAGUCCUCUCAGGGGGGAAGCAGACUCUACAGACAGCCACAGUAGAAGCAGUAGAGGCACGGGAAGCCAUCCGUGGAUUUUCGCCGCAACACAAGAUCCGCAGCUUUGAAGAAGCCAGAGGUCUGGAUCGCGUCAACGAGCGUAUGCCGCCACGCAAGGAUUCAAAGCAUCCUGACGGUCCAGUGAAUUUAACCUCAACAAACACUGCGGACAAGAAUGGGACAGGGAAGAAAGCCCAGUAACAGUUCCAUAUCACUAAAGCAUCCAAAACUUAAUGAAUUCUAUUUAUUUAUUAUGAAAGUGGGGUAGGGCGGGUGCGGGGUGAGGGUGGGGGGGAAGAAACCAACUUAGCCUGGAGGCACAUCCAUAAUCCAGUUUGCAUCCAUUCUGUAAGAGAGGUGACCAUUUUGUAAGUUUUUUAAAUUUUAUGUUCAAUAUAUAAAGUCAUCUUUUUUGUUUUUAAAUUUAGGAUGGGUUCUAAAAACUAGUACAUCUAUAAAGUGUUCUGUACAGAUAGAUAUCCCUGUGAAGAGGGGGAAGGACCCUGUGUUGGUGAGGUUGGGAGGGAAGGGAAGCCAAAUCAGCCUAGUUCAACUACUGUUAUCUGAUUUAUUGGAACCGUUUUAAGUUAGCAUUUUUUUUAAAAGCGACAUUUUCAAUUUGAACACAUUUUCUUUCCCACAUUUACUCUUUUUUUAAAAUUCUCCUUCUGUUUCUCACCCCAUCUGAUGGUCCAGCACUUGACUCCCAUUAAAAGGCAUGCUGCUUAGGGGCAAUUGGUCAACUUUUUCCUUUGUGGAAGUCUUUGUCAGAGAUAAAUUCAGGACAGGACAAGUUGCUAGAUAUUUGUAAGGGAAUCCCCCUUUUUCCAGGCCUACGACAACUUGCCGUGGAGAGCUCGUCCCAGGACAAUUCAACAAUUCAAUUUAAUUAUUUAAAAUAGUUUUUUUAAAAUAUAUUUUUGUCAUUCACAUUUCAUUUGUGUCUCCUUUGGCAAUCCUUUCUUUAAUGAUUCUAUUCAACUAUUUCUUCAAUAUUAACUCUUGUCCUCUGACAAGUUGCCCAUGGUGAAUUGUCACAUGGUGACUUCUUGUUCCAUUCCGCCCUUUUCCUCCCCCAUCUCCUCAAACGUAUGUCCCAUCACUUUUCCUUCAAAAAUCCCAAUUCUAGUAGAGAUAAUUUCUUGGAAUAAACCAUUAUUAGGUCAGUUUUGAUGAAUGUGAUUCAGGGUUUCUAUUCAUCCGAUUUCCAUUCAUCCAUUCACUCUUGGGAGCUAAUCCAGCUGGCUGCUACUAUUUUCUAUGCGUUUAACCCCGUUUGACUUGCAUCAGCAUCACACACUUAAGGGAUUCAUAUGGUUUCUCUGCGCUACAAACAACCUCGCAAGAUUGUUUAGCAGUCGCGAUCUUAAUGUAAAUGGAGAAGGGAAAUAUAUUGCUCUUCAUACCACCUCCAUAAUGAGCCCCAGCAAUAUUGCAGGUUCAGUAUGAAUGAAUGGACACUGUGACAUCUAGGGAGAAUAACGUGUAAAGUUCUCUGUCCAAAACCGAGCGUUUCUCCUCUUGUUCAGAUGUACCCAAGUAUAUGCCUCUUCGUGACAGACAGGUGGGAAACUCCAGCAGACCCGUGUAGGGAUACUGGUUGAGGAAUCAUCUUUGGGCUUAAGGAGCAGAAAAAGACUCCAUUCUUUUUUCCACCCUGUAUAUAACUGACAAAAUGCGCUCUGCUUUCAUCUAAAAAGCGUCUCCAUAAUUUCAAGAGUGAAAGUGUGAUUCUCCAGCCCUUAUAACUAGAAAAACGGUCAUUAACGUGGAAUCAGAAUUUGCACACAACAUAUGUAGGCUGAAUGUUAAUACCCUCAAUCAACAUUGCCCCAUCAAAUUGCAACCUUCCAUCAUCUGCUCAAUUGUCUUUGUUCAGAUUUGCUUCUGGAAGCAACACGGCUUUUUAUUCCCCUAACGAGGGCUACCCCAGUUAUGAAAAAAAGUGUUUGUGGCUGUUCUGUUCGCUCUACUAUAGGUCUAUACCCUAGGAUUCUUUUAGGGUUGGUGCACAUCUGUAUUUUGGGAUGUUUUUCUAUAUAGGAAAUGCAUGGCUGAGACAAAUGCAGGUACUGACAAAUUGUGCAUGGGCUCCAAGUUUCUGGAGUUCUCUUUCCACAAAACAGAGUAGCUAUUUCACUUUUCACAUUUCUCCAACUAUAUAGUUAGUGGACUAUCUCAACCCUCUUCUUUGUAAAAAGUUCCAAAACCCCAACAAGCACCAGGGCAUGGGGGGGGAUGCUUCCUCCUUGCCCUUGAAGGGUUUAUGGAUGGUAGUGAAGGCCUGCUUAUCUUACAAGGGAAGAAAUACAGUUUUCCCCACAAUGGGUGGUGUUGGCAAGGGAAGGGAAAAAAGAGAAGGAUGAAAAUUCUGUUAAGGAUGCAUAGCUAAAGGUGUCGCUAAGAACAACAUUUCUUAGAGGAAACAUUUUAGUUUGGAACAGAAUUGGAGGUUUUUGUGUUAUAACGUGCCAAAGAGGAACAACUAAACUACGCGUGUCCAAACUUGGGAAUUUUCCCAAGUUUGGACACCCCUGAGCUAAACCAUUGAAGUUUUAAUUUGGAAAUGGGAUCGUUUGUUGAGUAUAUUCUUAGCUUGGUCUAUUGUGGAAACCAAGCCUUGGUCGUGGUUUCUUCUGUAAAAACGGCAGCUUUGAUCAUUGAGAAAAGAAGAAAAGGGGGGAAAAGAUAAGAGGGGAAGGAAGGGGGGGAAAAGUAUUGAAAGUACCCAGUUACCUCUUGCUCCCUCCUGGCUCUUUCGCAAUACGUUUUUGAGUCAGUGUUCCUCAGGCGACUCUUCUUAAUAUUAGUGGCUUAAACAAACGGUACAAUCAGCCACCAUAGGUCUAUCUAUCCUUUUUUAAAAAUAUAUAUAUAUAUAUACCUCUUAUUUGCUCUGUGAUGGACUCCUCGCUCCAGGUUACAGCCAUACAGCCGUUUCUUAAACCUUCAUCUUAAGAAUCAAGACAUUAGGGGGGGGGGCAUUUUUAGAACCGAUGUAAUCGAGGACAUUUGCAUUUUCAUCGCUGUCCCCCUUUUCCACCAACCUCCACCUAAAUCGUGUGACGGAUCCUCCUGUAGACGGGGAGCUUCGCACCCACUUGGGCCUCAUACAGCAUUUGUUUAGGUUGACUAUGGCACCUCAUUUUUACAGACUGCCGCUCCAAAUUCCUUCCUUCGUGAACUAACCCUUUACCACUGGUAGGAUAUGAGACAGCCUUGGUUAGAAUAUUUCUAAUCCGAAAGGUACUUGAUUUUUGCAGGCCACUCAGAAAGGGCUUCAUUUAAUCGCAUACAUCUUGAGUGGCUUGGUUCAGUCUUUGCCAUGUCACCCAUUUGUGUGUUUCCAUCCAGCUGUUUCCUUUUUUUUUUCUUCUGAGCGUCGGAUAAGAUUCAAAUGGUGAGCCUCCUACGGAUGGGGGGGAGGCGCUAUUCAUUUGCUAAUUUCAGCCAUAUGGAUGAAAAUAUAUAUACAUAUUCCAAGGAAUCAAUGUGAAAAGGCACCAUUUAGACUACGACGGCCUGAACCACAUAUAUUUGGAUCUUCUCGUGCAACAGUAAUAAUGUUUAUAAAAUAAAGCUGGUCUUUAAAAAAAAAUCUUAAUGUCUGAAAUGUAGUGCCAACUUCGUUCUCUCACCUUGCAGAGAUUAUAAUUCUUGGCAACAGUGUCUACGCUCCCUUCCUUUUUUUUUGCCUACUAGAGAUCAUUAUAACAUGGGGUACUGAUUUAGGAAAUGGUGAAAACAUUUCAGUCCUAAAUUUCUGAUCUUUUGAGCGGCUAGGUCCUGCUCUAGUUCUCCCUCGCCCCACCCCCAAGCUUCCUUUUCCUCCUCCAUUUUAUGAAGUUAAAGCCAAUGAAGCUUGCUUGCAGUAUUUUGUCCAAUUGGUUUAAAGUGUUGCAUCUACUGAACCCCCCCCCCACCUUCCCCCAAUUCUGUUAUGAAAGAGAAGCCUUGGAGUCUUAAUAGGAUGGCUGUUCAGAGGGAGGGGUAGGUUUGAGGCAAGAGUGGCCUUAAUCUCCACCAGCUAGAGCUGUUACUCUUCUCCUUUCACCUUCAAGGUGUGAAAGAGAGACCACUUUAGACUCCUUGGAAUUCGACAUAGUGUUUGGUGGUGGCAGUAUGGUUUGGGGCAAAAAGAUUUGGUUUUCGGACUCUCUAGUUCAGAGGUGGGGAAUCAUGUCCCUUUAUGACUUGUAGAUCUUGGCUCAGGAUUCCGGGAGUCAUAAAAUGACCACCAUCCCCCCCCCCCCCGCUCUAGUUAGGCAACGUACUUGUGGUUGCAUGCUACCUGUUGGCUUUGUCUUCUUCCAUUGACAGUGUGUUAAAUUCCUAAUGCUGUGAAAACAAGGGCGUGUGUGGUAGAAGACAAAGAGUGUGAGCGUUAAAGAGACAAGCCCUGAAGACCUUCCCCUUCUUUCUCCUUUCUCCUCCCACCAUUUUAGCGCAAGGGGUAAGAAAAGCAGUAUUGAAACCUAUACUCCGUUUCUCAAGCCUCCCCUUGCCCUGUUUUCCCUGUGAAAGAGAGGGCCACCUGCAGUGCUCCUUUCCUGGCAUGGCAUGUUGCUGGACCAACAGCUCCUUAAGUUUUAGCGCUACCAGAUACUUCCUGAUCUCUUUGACCCAAAUUUUGAAGCCGGCCAAAGUUUAAAAAGUCAGCUCCCUCUCAAACUCCAAAAGGGAGCAUGUAUUGCAGAUUUGCUUCUGGGGGCAAAAGGGGGAGGGCCUGGUUGGUUUCUGUUUGUGGAGGAAAAGUGCAAUGCCCUGGGAGAGAUUUCUGGUCAAAGAAGGGACAAUCUGGGUGUUCCAAAAAGAAUGGUCAUUAGUUGCUUCAGAUUACAUGCCAGAUUAGCAUGUGGCUCUUCUCUACUUUAGAGAUGAAAUGUGGAAUGUUUUAUUUAGAGAAUUGUUGGAUUGGGAUCCUUUCCUAUCACAUAGUCUUAUUUCCCAACCCAGAUGAACGAUGGGGAGUUGCACUUGGGAUGCCUGCCCAAUCCCACUUUCUUGGAAAAACAAGCAAACAAACCAGUCAUUAAUUUAUCUUGAAUCUGUGAAUGACCUCUGUUUCUUUCUCCGCCUGUUCUUUUCUAAUUUCUGUCACGCACGCGGGUGUGUGUAUGUGUGUAUAUUUCCCCCCUCCCCCUAAUUCCAGGGACAAUCUUGAUCUACAUCUUGAGCAACAAAAGCAGCAAAAUCAAUUUUGAAAUGGUGAGAAACUAAGAAAAACAGCCCUCCAGCCCAGGGGUUUCCAGAGAAUCAGAGACUCUGCACACUGCCCCUUCCCCCGCCCCUUUGCCUGUGAGGCUGCCUGGUCCCAGCCCUUUUUAAAAAAUUUUUAUUUUUAUCUUGCAUGAUAAAAAAAAAAAAAAAAAGCAAGGUGCAUGUACUAAGGAGGGGAGUCCACAAUGGGUCUUCCAAACUUCAGGAACAAAGGUGCUUUCACCUCCUACAAGCGUCUGCUGUAGGGUGGCAGCCCGCUCACCUCUCCCUGAUUUAGCUAAUCUGCUGCUUCACGGAAGCGCCUUGCCGGUUUUUUUCUCAUCCCAAACAAUCACAAACCCUGGGAAUGUGUGGCAAGGACUGGGAUUCCUGGUUCUGAAGUGAUGUUUGCCCAUUGCCUGGAGACUGCCUCCUUUCUUGCUCUCUUUUUAGCUAUGUUUAAAGAAGAAUGGUGACAAAUGUUAUUUAUUGGCAGAAAUUAUUUAAUAUAAUUUCUUUCUCUCUUUUUUUGUGAAAAAGGAAUGACUUUGUUAGAACUGUCUUAAUGUAAAUUGGAAAGUCAUCUUUAAGAAGAAGAAAAAAAAUCUUAAAAAUUAAAUGACAGUU